UAAAAUUGUAAAAAUGUACUGUACGUACUGCAUGCUAAAACCAAUUCUGUGAUUUUACAUCAAAAUGGCCCAACCCGCUGGGCGAAAACCCGGGUUUUUCUCUCGAGUUGCGGACCUUAUGGCCGCACCGAGACCAGCCGUUGAUCGGAAAACCCUGGAAAAGACGUGGAAGUUGAUGGAAAAGGUGAUGAGAUUGUGCCAGCAAGCGAAGAUGAAACUGAAAAACAGUCCGCCGUACAUUUUGGAUAUUCUUCCCGAGACCUAUCACCAACUACGGCAGAUUUGGUCUAAACACGAGGGUGACCCCGACAAACUACACGAACUAAAUGACAAUUUAUACUUCCGAAUCUUCGUUGACAACAUCAUGAAGAAAGCCAGACAAACCAUACAGCUGUUCAAGGUACACAAGGAGAAAAUGUUCGACGAGAAUUCGGCUGGACGGAGGGAGCUGAACCGGCUGUCUCUCAUCUUCAGCCACAACCUUGCCGAGUUGAAGGCGAUUUUCCCGAACGGGGUUUUCACCGGUGAGUCCUUCCGAAUUACCAAGCAAGAUGCUGCAAAAUACUGGAAGAAGAACUUUGGUACUAGUACGAUCGUGUCGUGGAAGGCGUUCAGUCAGAGCCUGUAUGAAGUUCACAGUUUCCAGAAAGGACUGGAGGCCUACGCCCUCAAGACCACCAUCGAUCUGACGUGCAACGACUACGUCUCCAACUUUGAGUUUGACGUCUUCACCCGGCUGUUCCAGCCGUGGAACACCAUCGUACGCAACUGGAACUGCCUCGCCGUUAAUCACAAGGGCUACAUGUCUUUCAUGACGUACGAUGAGGUGAAGAACCGGUUGCAGUCGUACAUGGAUAAACCAGGAAGUUACAUCUUCAGACUGAGUUGCACUCGUCUUGGUCAGUGGGCGAUCGGUUACGUCACUCAAGAAGGAAGCAUUCUUCAAACCAUACCCCAGAAUAAGUCACUAUGCGAGGCCCUCAUUGACGGAAAUAGGGAGAAGUUCUAUCUAUUUCCGGACGGGGACGAUGAUAACCCAGACCUAACUUCCAUCAAUACUAAACCUCUUGAGGAGCACAUCCACGUGUCGCAAGAUCAGUACGCCCUCUACUGCGAGAUGGGCUCCACCUUUCAGCUCUGUAAGAUUUGCACGGAGAAUAACAAAGACAUUCGCCUGGAGCCGUGCGGACAUUUACUCUGCUCUUCGUGCUUGAAUGCUUGGCAGACACGAAUGAACGCGAAUAAGGACAGUGACGGCCAGGGCUGCCCAUUCUGUCGUUGUGAGAUCAAAGGAACUGAGAUCAUUGUGAUUGACCCCUUUAAUAACCCUAGUAGGGAUGAGAGACAUAACGAAGCGAUGGAGAAACACGACUUUGAUUUCGACGACGAUGAUGAUGAGUGUCUAGAGCUUCCACCAGAACCAGUCUAUGCUGCACCACAGAAGCCGCCCCGAGCCGAGCCCAAGAGGCCAGGCACCGGCAACCUCCCAGCUCUUCCCCCUCGUCGGCCGUCCCCUAACGUCUCUCCCUGCUCAUCGCCAAAAUCGCCUCGUUCAUCGAUGGGCGCUGGUAACGACACCGAGGGCGCUACAGGGGGAGGGAGUAAACCCUCCUUCCCGACCCUUCCUCCGCGCCGGUACUUGGAUGACCGGAGUGAUGGAGAGUCUUAUAUCAAGGUUGAAAACCACAAAUCAGUUGCCAAGCCGUUACAGACACCAGACAGUCUCUACGAUCAUCCUCCUCCUCCGCACAGUGGACCUAGGGCCCGCUUAACGCCCCCAGCAACAACAACAUCAACCGAUCUGAUCUCGCUCUCCAUGCCCGUAAAAGGUGACAACAGCUUGACCACAUGCAGCCCCGCUGCCAUGGGUCACACAAACCUUCUCUAUGAGAAGCUAAGCAAUGCCCAGUUGACGGGUCUUUCCACAGCCCCUGGUUGGUCCUCCUGUGACUCCCUCACCAAUCCUUUCCGACUUUCUCUCAGCGACACCAGCCCCGACACCCUCGCCGGGCUUAAGGGGAAACCCCUGGUGCGUAGUGCCGAGGCGCUGGAUACCAUGCUUUGUGACCCGUUCUCGGCCUUGCAUCUCCAGCAGCCUGCAGAGGGCGGUGUUCUGUAUGUAAAUAAUCAGGAGUACCAUAAUCUACCCUCGCCUCUGCACCCCAUGAAGCAUCACCCGGUGCCCCCUCUUGCUUCCCAGCUGGAGCAGCACGUUGCCUACGAAAAUGUACCGCCCUUAACCAAAGCUCUAGGCGAGAGAGCUUCACCAUCUGAUGAAUACGAUAUUCCUCCUUUACGCCUACACAUGCCCACUAACUCCCAAGUCCAAUCAGCAACUCAACAACCAAGAACACCAGUCCGAGAAACACCAGAAGACUAUGACAUUCCUCCUUUACCACCCGUCGGUUCUAGAUCACAACAAUCUAGUCAUGCUCCACCCCUUCCGACCCAGCCCCGCCCUCCGGCAGCCGACCCGCAUUCUUUCAGCCAACGACAAGCACCCUCCCCACCAACAAAUGGAAUGCUCCAGCCAAUGAAGGUCAGCUGCCCCGAUCCCAACAGCCUGGAAGGGAUGAUCGGAACGCUGGUCCUAGAAGGGUUUAGGAAAGAGGAUAUCGCUAAAGCUCUUGACAUCUCUCAAAAUGACCUCAAGAUGGCCCGGAAGAUUCUUCAAGGUUUCUCAGCUCCGACCAGCUCCAUGUAAAUCUUAGCUCAGCAUAAUACAGGCAAAAACCAAUAGACCCCCUGCAUUGACCGCCAUCGUUGCUGUCAAACAAUAGAAACGUGGACGCGCUGCGCACAGGACUCCUGACUCUUAGCCAAUAAUAGCUCUUCAUUGACCUCGAUGAGGGCGCUGUUGUGUGGGCUUGUGACGUCAUAUGCAAAGGGUCAUUAUAAAGCAAGUUCUACUCAGUUAAAAAAAAAGCCUAGAUUUGCGCAAACGAUUUCGUUUUUUGUACAUGUUGCUUGAAUUUUUCAAAUCGAGACAAAAAAAACAGCCUUUUAUAUUUUAAACCGAAUUGCUGGAGAUAAGACUUUUGAUACUCUAUGUCCCUCAUGGAGUUCUCUGUGUUCUAUUUCUGCAUUCUCUGUGUUCUAUUUCUAUAUUGAUACUCUAUGUCCACAGCUGACAUAGAGGGCGUGCACAGGAGAUGAUGAUGACAAUUGAGCUCAGCGUUCUCCUGUGUACUAUUUCUUUGGUAUUUUACAAAAGUGUUUUUUUUUUGUCUCUCCACAAUAUACAAGACCCUAACAAAUGUGUGUUUGUUAGAAUGUUUAAAAAAAGAUCAAUUCAGUCUUAGUACAUUACAGUACUAUGCAGUCAACCUGGAGGCUGGCCUCUAUGGGUGGUAGAUAAAGUCUGUGAUCCUGACCUUGAGGUCAGAGGUCAAAGUAUAGGUCAUAGUUAGGUUCUGACUUUGUGCUGCGCUUCCAUUGUAAAUGGAAAAAACAAAAAAAACCAAUUUGAAUCCUAAAAUGGAUUUGUGAAGAAGACCAAAUGGCUUGUAGCUCAGAAUGUUUUAGUAUUGGGCCAGAAUUUUUUUUUUUUAAGGUAAGGACGAGAACCAAAAUGAGAAGAAGAAAAAGUCUGCAAUAUUUUACUUAUAAACUGGUAGUCUGGUUCGCGUUGUGGUAUCUUUGCACUGCUGGAUCUUUGCACUGCUGGAGAAAAACCAAGGGGGAACGUUUUUAUUGGAGCAAGCACCAUGAGCACUUUUUUGUGGAUACUGGCGCUAUAGAAGAGGUCAUUAUUAUUAUUAUUAUUAUCUUUCCUCCCCUUCUAGUACCUCUAGGACCCCGGUUUGAAUCACUCCGAGGGCACUACAUGGAUCGGGUUUCAGUUCUUAUUUGACUGUGUGGGUUUUCCCUGGAAUAUUUCUCUGGAGUUUUCCUCCCACCUUAAAGCCAUUGGACCCUUUCGGUU